AUGCGCCGGGCAUGCGAGGCCCCAGUAAAGCCUCGCCGACGACACAAUGCCAGAAAUGCCUACAACGAGAUAUGGACCGCGCAAGACCGCCCAUAUAAGCCUCGGCCUUCGCGCACUCAGCAAUUGCUUAAUCCCAAGCUGAUGCAAAAGCUUUCAACUGAAAACCCCAAUACACUACUUGAAUCCAACGGUGUAGCGGAUGGUAUCCUUGCAAAGCGGGAUGAGGAGCGCGGUCGAAAGAGAGAUAUCAAUGGAGAAGGUGCUUCUGGACAGUCGCCCAGGCGCGCAAGAUCGCUUUCUACACACUCGGUUGACUCAAUCUCAACCGUAUCGACGAAUCGCUCCGCUUCACGCUCACCUGCUCCUCGAAGCUCACGCGGCGGAGGCGACAAAGGAAACUCAGCGUCCCCAGCCGCAUCCAAGUCUCGAAAGAGAAGAUAUAGUGACUCGGCAGAUAGCUAUUCUGCUUCUUCUUACUCAUCGGGUGCAAGGCACCGAUCCAGGUCCAGAGAGUGGACUGAGGACCGGAAUAUUCGCCGACGACGCCGGGAAAGCAGCCCGGAGCAGCGUGGGAGAAAGCGGGACUCAGAGGCCCAAGACUCUCGACGAGAGAGGCGCAGCCAAAGCGUGGAAAGUCCUCGGCCCGCAAAGGAGCGCCGUUCAAUGACUCCAGAGGCUAAGCAAGACCGCUCUGGUCGACGCUCCUACCGAGAUCGAGAAAACCCACCCACCCAAACACAAGGAGGACGACCCAGACAGGAACCUCGAGGGCGGCCGGAUCCACCUCGUCAACGCAGCAUGAGUCCAUACAGUAAGCGUCUGGCAUUAACCCAGUCGAUGAAUGUUAGACGGUAA